CGCAUCACUGGAUGCUGAGGGUCUGUAAUUGUACACGUUGUUGUAAAGAAAGUGUUAAGAUGGCAGAAUAACCAUGGGAGACUGGAAUUUCCUUGGUGGCAUUUUAGAGGAGGUCCACAUUCAUUCCACUAUUAUUGGAAAGAUUUGGCUAACGAUCCUCUUCAUAUUUCGAAUGCUUGUCCUUGGAGUGGCAACUGAGGAUGUUUGGAAUGAUGAACAAUCUGAAUUUAUAUGCAAUACUGAGCAACCUGGUUGCAGAAACGUGUGCUAUGAUGAGGCCUUUCCCAUCUCUCUCAUAAGAUACUGGGUCUUGCAAGUUAUAUUUGUGUCUUCCCCUUCCUUGGUAUAUAUGGGACAUGCUUUAUACAGACUAAGAGCCUUGGAGAAAGAGAGGCAAAAAAAGAAAGCUCAGGUAAGGGUGGAACUCGAAAGCACUGAACUAGAAAUGACUGAAAACAGGAAAAGGCUGGAGAGAGAACUCCGGCAGUUGGAUCAAAGAAAGCUGAACAAAGCACCCCUGAGAGGCUCUUUGCUCUGCACUUACGUGAUACAUAUUUUCACAAGAUCUGCAGUGGAAGUCGGGUUUAUGAUUGGGCAGUAUCUUCUCUAUGGCUUUCAUCUAGAUCCCCUUUAUAAAUGUCAGAGAGAUCCUUGUCCAAACACAGUUGACUGCUUUGUGUCUAGACCAACAGAAAAGACAGUGUUCAUCUUAUUCAUGCAAUCAAUAGCAACUGUGUCAUUGCUUCUAAAUAUCCUAGAAAUUAUCCAUCUGGGAUUCCGAAAGAUCAAAAUGGGACUUUGUGGGCAGAGUAAAACAAAGGAUGACCCUGAAAAUUUCUGCAUAAACAAAUCUAAGAAGUACUCUGUGAUACCACACUCUUCUUUGGGAAUAUCCACCACCCCUCAAAAAACUCUUCCUUCUGCACUUAGUGGCUAUACCUUCUUAAUGGAAAAGCAGACUGGGACUGCUGUCUACCCACUUCUAAAUGCUCCUCCCAUGUUUCAGCCUGUGCAAAACAACCGUACAGAAAGCAGCAGCAAUUACACUCAUUGUAAUCAGGACAUCAAGUCACCAAAGAAGAGGCCAGCUACAAAUGCUUUAGGCAAUCAGACUCAAAAUACCAGCACCAAUAAUAAUGAAGGCUUGCUUGGAGAGCUUGGGAAAGAAGCACAUGAUGUGCAAAAAGAAGCUGAAAAGAAACAUUUCCUUGUUGUUACUCAGAAUGCAGCUCUAGCUCCAAGCAUGUGCUUGGGAAGCUGUGCUGAAACUCCAUCUCAAACUUCACUACAACCCCACACAACUUUUCCUGUUACCGGUUUCAGAAGACAACACGGAAUGAGUUCAUCUUGGAACUGCUCAGCAGUGGCUGAGAGUGCAGAAGCUUCUACAAAUUCUCUUCCAAAGAACAGCAGCAGAAGACAAAGCACUUUCAGUGCAGACAAAGCCCAAGCUUCUUGCAAUGCUGAUGUAAAGAAGUGUAGCCGACCAGACACUCCUGACUCUACAGGGGAGGUGAGCUCAGGGUCUAAACAAAGUAGAACCUGUGACAGCCCUAAGCCUUUCUCUCUGUCUAGACGAGUGUCCAUGUCAAGCAGUGCCAGCAGCAGGCGAGCACCCACUGAUCUGCAGAUAUAGCACCAGUUAACCCCCAAUUGCACUGGUCAGUGCUGGGUAAUUACUGACCAUUGAGACACAAGCAGGACCUAUGUGUAAGAGUAGCUAAAUUACUGAGCUUGAAACAGUUGUUUCACAUAGCUAGAAAAGCACUUUGAAUCUUAGCUAAGCGGCUUUUAAACAGGCUCUUUACUUCCUUUGUAAUGAAAGGGUGGCU